AUGGAAAGAGAAAGACUCGCAAAAGAAUCUACUGACAAGCAAGCCGAAGAAGAAUGGAUCAAGGCUGCUGAUGAAAACGCUCGAACGAAAUCUCUCACAGAAGAACUUUUGCGGCAACAAAAAGAAGAUGAAGCCUCGAAAUCUAUUUCGAAAACUUCCACAACACAUAAGUCCUCAUCUAAGACUCUAACUGACAUUCAACUCAGCUCUAGAGAUGCUGGAUCAGUACCCUCCUUUGGAAAUCUCAAGAUUCUGGAAACCAAUCUUGAUCACAUUGUUCAACAAAUGUCAAUGCCCGCUCCUUCAGAAUCAAAUUCGUUCACCCCCGAGGAACUAAAAGGAAAAGAAGAAGAAGAAGUUAAAGAAGAUAAACACAACUCGCUAAUAAAGAAUGUUGAUCACUCUCCUCCGAAUGAUGAUCAUACGAAGAAGACUGGUGAAACUUCUGAACCAAAGAAAAUUUCUAAAGGAGUCACUAUUGAAGAUAUCUCGGAUGAAGAUGAAGACAAAGGAGAAAACAAGUCUCAUUUCUCUCCCAAGAAGUCUCCAAUCAAACAUGUUGAUAGAACUCCACCUCGAGAUCUAAGACAGAGUAAAAUUAUUGGAGAGUGA